AUGGAUAUGAAUCCUGUCGGCUCCAACUUCUCCCGAGGAUCUUCGGGGGAUAUUCCGCGCUUAGGUUACCGUGUGGGUGCCUUCAAGAGGCUGUAUCUUCCUGGUGUGGUAAAAUCAAUCCACCCGCCCAUUUACUACGAAGAUCUUCCCAACGUUGCCGAUGAUUACCUCGAAGGUGCAUCCUUCCCACACCAUAAACCUUCCCAUGUCUGCCCAGAAAGCUUCUAUAAUCUUUUUGUCCAAUACAAACUCGAUGAAACCGGAAGAAAAGAGGGGUGGCGGCCAAUGGACAGGGACAAGAACCAGAUACGUGCCGACGGCAGUGCUACUUGUUACGAGUGUGUGAGGGACAACCGCGGAUAUGACUCUCUCGGAAAGAUAAGUGACUCACUGAGUUUGAUGGAGAAAAGGAUAGUUGAUCCAUUUGACCGAAACACUCCCAGAGGAGUUGAAAUAAUCAUCGAAGGAAAGGCAAUGCUAUUCAUUGGUACGUUCAUCUCUCUUUUCCACAUCCUUAUCACACUGUAUGACAGUACAUUCGCCUCGUGA